AUGGUGACGGACACAGCAGGAGCGUUUACGCUGUCCGUGCAGGACAAACAGGUGGACGUUGACUGCCUCAGGCAGUUCCUCCAGCAGCCCUAUGUGCACAAAUCUGACGAGUGGCUGAAGCUGUUCCAGUCUGAGCCUCCUCGGGGCGUCCUCAGCCGCAUUGCGCGGCGUUUGGAUGUUGCGCUGAGCCCUGUCAACGGGCCUUGGCAGUAUCCAGACAAGCAAGACUUCCGCGAUGAGAUAGCCAGGAUGAUAUCGUGGUACGAGCCCGGGCGCAAGAAGCUGCGCCGGGCAAGAAACCUGCGCGAAGAUGAGCCGGUCAAGAUGGUUCCUGGAGCGACAACGGUCUUCACCACCAAAGUCCGUGAACACUAUGCAAAACUGUCCACUGCCUUGAAGAUAGAAGGCCUUUGGAAGUGGGCCACGGUAGCCCGCGGUUUGCAUAAAGCCGGAGUGCCAGUGGUAAGUAAGAUCCACAUGAGAGUCUUGCAAAGCAAGUGGGCUCGGGCUGUGGCUGAUGGCAAAAAGUGGGUGGAGACCCAAAGGUACCGAGAAAGAAGCCUCAAUGCAAUGAAAUUUGCAGCGCCUGGCGAGUGGGUCGUGAUGGGGGACUCGCAGCAUGUCACAGCUAUAGCGGUGUGUGCCGGGAGUGCUGUGCGAGGGUGCACCGACAUUGUCAGUAGUGGCGUCCUGGACCGCGUUGACGAGUCAUUGCGACCGGACCUUGAGAGCUACCUUAGCACGGGCCAAAGCUUUGACUACAUAGCCUUCUCCAGCGUGUGCAGCCUGAAAAGGGUAAACCCCAUCCCAUGGAAGACUUUCUGGGCGCUUGAAGGGGCCAAGAACCCCAAGAACAAGCAAGGUUUCCCUCGGGUUGGAGGGCCGGAAUUGGCUCCGACACUUUUUUUCUGGGCCAAAAAGUUAGGCGCCAAAUGGAUCGAUCCGUAUGGCGACGUUCCUUGA